CACACACAUACGCGCGCGCAUACGCACACACUUGCAGAGCGCUGUCCCACUGAUACUGAUUCGAUUCCGACGACGAGACGCGCGGCGCACACGCAUUCUGACCUGGUCCGUUGCCGGGUUCGGACGUUUCAUCGCGCUUUUAUUACGCAUACGCUCCUCCACUCGCACACACGCACACCACACGCCGUCGUCGUCGUAAAAACCGUACCCGUGCGUACUACCACGUCUCUUGUCAAUUUUUUUUUAUUAUUAUUAUUAUUUUUUUUUUUUUUAUCGCGAAUCGAUAAUUUAAAAAAAUCAGUCAAAAACAUUUCUCUACGUUAAAACUAUAAUCUCGUGGUUUUCUGUUCCUUCCCGUCGCACGGUGUCCACCUCGCUCGCGCAUACACACCAAUACAAUACAAUAUAAUAUUAUAUUCGCGCAACGUAAUCGUCACAAUCAUGGACCUGUUGUGUUGCGAAUCGACUUCGAAAACCGUCGCUCAAAAGGAUCCGACGCUGCUGUUGGAUGACCGUGUGUUCGACACCAUGCUCAAGUCCGAGAUCAGGUGCUUGCCGGCUCCCGACUAUUUGGCAACCGUCCAGAAGGACCUCACGGCCAACCUCAGGAAGAUCGUGGUUGAUUGGAUGUGGGAGGUCUGCGAAGAGCAAAAGUGCCAAGAAGACAUUUUUCCAUUGGCCGUCAACUAUUUGGACAGGUUCCUGUCGGUAAAUCCGAUCAAUAAAAAUCACCUACAGCUGCUGGGCACCACUUGCCUGUUGGUCAGUUCUAAACUUCGAGAGUCUGAAUGCCUUUCCGUCGACCUUUUGGUAAUAUACACGGACAAUACCAUUACUUCUGAAGAACUAUUGAUGUGGGAAUUGCUCCUGUUGAGUAUCUUGAAAUGGGACGUGUCCGCGAUCACGGCUCACGACUUUCUAUGGUACAUACUUAAAAGACUGCACAUGGACACGGCCAAGCCAUUUGUGGACGUUGUUAUCAAACACUGCGGCACGUUCAUCGGCAUGUGCGCCAGAGACUAUAAAUUUUGUUCGUACAAGCCCAGCGUGAUCGCCGGGGCCAGCAUCGCGGCUGCUCUCAAUGGACUGGAAUACGCGGCCAUUUAUAAGUACGACUUGUUCACUAAGCUGCACGCCAUCACUGGUUCUCAACAGGAGGACCUGAAGUCGUGCCAAGAGCAAAUCGAAGCAAUGGUCGAAGGCCACAAGAGAAAACGCAAAGAAAUGGAUUUCGAAAUGUACGAAAAGCCGUACGACAAGACUGCCGAGUCGGACGAUACUACAAACUGUUGGAUUUGAGAUCGUCAUCAGACUUACAAAAAUAUAUUUACGAGAAAAAAAACUACAAAGGAAAAAAAAACAAAACAAUUUUUAUUUUAUUAUUACUAUUAUACUCCACAGUAAUACAUUUCACUUAUUACAACCAAUCGGUGAUAAAUCAUCGGUUCAUGUAUUACACAUUUACACACAACAAUAUUAUAAAAUGCUAAAUAAUACCUAUAUUGCUUAAGGUACUCGCAAACGGUUAAAUUUUUGACUUUUAGAGACACUGUAAUAUGAUUAUUAGUAGUCUUAAGAUUAGGUUUUAUGAUUAUUUUGACUUUAUUAUUAUUAUUUUUUAAUGGGGAAGGCAAUAAAAUACGCUUCAUGUUUCCGUACAUAUAAUUUUUAUUAUAAUAAGAUUAUUAUUAUUAUUCACAGCAACUCCGGUUUAUUAAAUAGUGAUUGUAAAGGUGAUUGUUUAUAUACCAUAUAAUAUAAAACCAAUUUUCAAGCUCAAUGUAAUAUAUAAACAAAAAAAAAAAAAUCAAUUUUCAUAAAAAUAUCCUAAAUAGAUUUUAUGAAUCACAGCCGAUCGCGGCUAACGUACACGAUACUAAUAAUGUAUAUUAUACAAUAUCGUGUUAUGUAUUUUAUUUGUUCUGUUUAUAAUACUGAGAUUUGAUUUAAAUGUACAGUAAUAAGUGCCUAUACGGCUACCUAUAUAAUCAACAGAUUCCUAAAAUUUAUUAAAUUUUAAGUUUUAUCAAAAUAGAUAGUUAUUAUAUAAUAUAUUAUUUACUUAAAUUUUUUUUAGCGUUUAAGGUAGAUUCGCCGACCAAGAGUUCAGCACAUGGUUGGUGCGAUAUUUUUUUUUAAAGAUCUCUUGCGUCGGCAGUCUUUUUUUAUAUUUAUAAAUAAAAAAGCUCAAGAUUCCAUUGAUAAACAAAAUAUCAUUCACGAUUGUUGCUUUCUUUGUAUUUCCGAACGUUUACACAUUUUUAUAAUAUUUUUUUUCAAGUUUUUACACACGUACUAAUAAUAUUCACUGUUUUAUUUUCAAAUUAAAGAAUAAAAAAAAAAUUAAAAUUAACGUAAUUUAAGAUAUAUGAUCCACUGGUAAUACCGAGAUAAUUUAAUUAAUUUAUUAUUAUUUUUAUUAUAAUUAUUAUAUAUAUUUUUUUCUGUUAACAUUAAGAGUUUUAUAAUAAGUAUUUUUAAGUAUGUAGCAUACACCGUUGUUCUAUUAUUCACAUUGCCCCUCUCCAUUAUCUAUUAUUUGAAAAUUCGUUGAUAAAUCCACGGAGAUAAACGAUAGAAAUCACGUCUUCCACAGGCUUCAAAUCCGGGCGAAGCUAUUGACUUCCCGAGAUUUGUCUCUCUUUCACUCUCCCCAAAUUAGCUCCGUUAUGUGUAUUCGGAUUAUAAUAUAUAUGCAUAACUACGGGACGUAGGUUAACGGUUCGGACAAGGAAGGACAAAAUAAAAAGGAAAAACAAAUACUUUUUUUUAUAUACACACGAAUCACAUAUACAUACCUUAGUUCCAAGCUGAUUUAUUUUAUUUUUUUCCAUAUUAGUAGUUGUAGUGGAAAUAGUAGUAUUAUUAUUAGUAUUAUAAUACUUUAUAAUAAUAAAUACUAAUAGUAGCCCAUAUUAUAAUAUAUAAGUCCUAGAUGUGUCCCGAACCGAGUAUAAAAUACAUAUAACCCCGUCCCGACUGCUAAAAUCCGAUAGUUAAUCGGGAAGAAGGGAGGAGCGUAACGUUUGGGCCUCGUUAUAAUUAUUUUAGAAUGUAAGUUGCACCAUAAACACAAACACACUUUCAUUUAAUGUUCUAAUAAUAUAUAAUGCAUAUUAUAAUAUACCCUUUGGUGAAUUUUAGUUGUUUAGAAAAAAAUUUAUA